AUUCGUAAUGUAACAUUACGUCGCUUGGACAUCGAGACAAUAAUGUAACGCUCUACGUCGUACUUAAUCACGUGAUAAUCAAGUGGCUCGCGUAAAGAUUCCGUCGAUUCGAUAUUUCCGCAUGGGAGCGCCCGCUUCGACCACGUUGCAAUUGGGUACAGUCAAAUUGUUCAGCUUGGUUGGGUUAGGUUGAAUUUGACUACUUUUAUUGGCUGUGGCGAAUCGACACCCACCCCUUCUGCAUCAACAAUUUGCAGAACGGCAGCAAGCAACGUAUAUGCACGCAUGACCGAUAGGUGGCAGCAAAGGUACACGAAGCGAAGUAAGCGGCGCGAGGCGGUUAGUCGAUCGUUGGCUGUCACCGUGCGAGGACAACAAUGUCGUCCUUGGCUUGAAUGUCGAAUUCUCCGGCGCGGCGAUUGGCUCUUCCGUAAGCCCCGCCUACCAGGUGGCCGUUCGAAAGUGUGUAGUUGUGUUUCCUUACGUCGCGAAAUCACGGGCGCUGCUUGCUCUCCUCGACUCAUCUCGGCUGACUUGAGCUCGUCAUUCAGUCGCAGGACAAAUUUGAGAUGAGUCGUCGCGGCGCGACAAUAUGCGACGGUUGAACAGUAGUAAUCGGUAGGUCGGGAAAUCGUGAGCCGCACGUUCGAGGGGGGAAAUUUGGUUUCGCUCGCGCGAGGUGCCGAGUGCCACGCUGUGAUACCGCGUCCGGGGGGGACGCAGUUCCGUCGCGAGCACAGUGCGCCGAGAGACGUCGUGCGGGACGAAGGGAGCGAGAGAGAAAGAGCGAACAUACGGUGAUCGUGCACGAGAAGAGGAGGAGGAGGAGGAGGAGGUGGUGGUGGCGGUGGCGGCCGUGACGGCGGAGGAGGUGGUGUGAGCGUGGCGAGAAGGAAAAACACGUUUCGCGAGGGAACGUCUCGUCUCGUGCCGAGAGUUCCGGCUGAAUAUAGCCGCGAUCGGUCGGUCGGUGUCGUCGGUGUUCGUUCCGCGCGCCGUACGGCGCGAACUUCGCGCCGCGCGAAUUCGGCUGUUCGUCGACGACGACGAUAGUGUUCGAGAAAAAGGAGCGCGCGCGCGAGAGAGAGAGAGAGAGAAGCAAUAUAGAGGAAGACCGAGCGGGACAGAAGAGCGCGAGUGCGGCGAGAGAGAAGUGCGUUAUCGUCGUGCGCCGCUUUUAACGGCGAGGGGCGCCGAGCGAGCGAGCGGCCAGUGGACGUCAGCUGUGUGCUGCGCCGUGCGGGGACGUGAGUCGUGCGGGAGUGGGAGCGAGACGUUGCCACGGGAGCGAGCGGGACGGCGCGAAGCCGCACACGGCGAAAUGGGAGACGAAGAAAUGGCGCUGGUGCCAGGUGUCCAGUAUGGUUUGUCGUCGCGGGAUAAAUUCGAUCAGAACAACUGCCUGAUCUUCACGAAGCUCACCGACUCGUCGUUCCGUGCCAUCCAGAACUACGUCAAGAAUCGGCAUAAAUGCAACGACAAGCUUUCUAUACAGUUCCUAGGAAAUGAAGGGAAAUUCAUCAUUCCAUCCGGUCAAGGACAUGGAUCGGCCGUAUUCACCUUCAGCCUUUCCAGCAACCAGGACAUGGAGGGUCCUCAAGGCGGCUUCGAGUGCGUCCAGCAAAUCGGGCCCAAGAGCCUCGAGGGCCUCGGUGCCAUACCGUACAGAAUGCGGAUACAAGCGAACGACGAGGUGUACGAGACCACCAGGUACAGAAUGGCGGUCGCCGAGGAGAAUAGCAAGAACAAAUGCACCAGGGUGAUCAAGGCGAACGGUCCGGACAUCGGUCGCAAGGUGAAAGUGAAAGGAACCGGAAGAACAAUACCACCUCCGUCAUCAUCGUAUGUAAGAGGGUAUCGGGAAUUGACGAGCAUUCCAGCCGCCAGCAAUAGUCAGCCCAGAACGUCAACCAAUAAACCUGCCGUCAAUAGUAGUAGUAAUAAUCACUCAACAACGACUCGUACUCCGGAGAAAAAGAUUUCCGACCUCAUGCGUAGGCCACUUAAGGAAAGACUCAUUCAUGUUCUCGCUUUGAGGCCGUACAAAAAGCCCGAGCUGUAUGAUCGCAUCAACAAAGAGGGCCUGAGAGAACGAGAGCGACCGGUCAUGAUAACGAUCCUAAAGCAAGUGGCUUACAUGCGCGACAACACAUACCACCUGCAUAGGCAUAUCUGGAACGAUGUGCAGGAGGACUGGCCUUUCUAUACCGAGCAGGAGAAGGCAGUACUGAAGAGGCGGAAACCUCAGAACCUAACGCCACCUGGCUCAAGCGAUGGCAGCGGCCAGUCGCCCAAUUCCAUCCAUGCAGGUUCACCGCCAGCCAUCACAGCUCCACCGCCCAGCUUGCUGAACAAUAAAAGGCCAGGGUACCACCAGGGUAACGACGGACUACCAACGAAGAAACCGCGGAUAUCGCAUUACAGAAAACCUGAGCCCAUCUCCUUCGUCGCAGCCAGUGAGAAGACAUCUAGCGUUAGCAGCACCGGCGCCGGCAACUAUAGUAAUAACAAUAGUGGUCUCAAUGUGACCGUCGGCGGCGAUCGUACCGGCGACUACACCGUCGAUCGUAGUAGUGCUUAUGGUGGCAACAAUAAUAGUGCUAGUGCUAGUGGUGGUGGUGGUAACAGCAGUGGUGCUACCAGUGUUGCUGACGUAUCGGAUCCGAGGCAAACGCAGCAAACGCAACGCGAGCGCAGCGGCCGCCUCGACUAUCGAGUCGAAAGGACAGCGAACAGUGAUGUGCUGCGAGGAACUACCGGAAACUCUGUCGCUGCCAUUACUUCCACCUCUCGGUCUUCGUGCCAGAUAUCGUCGCCGAAUGACAACGGCAGAAGCAGCCAUCACCAGAGCGGGAAUAGACGCGACGGCGUCGCGACCGGUGCAAGCGGUGCGGGUGGUCCGAGCGACACGAACGCCGACAGGAGAGACAGGAGCGACAGGAGUCGGGGCAUGAGGGAGGACAGGGAGUCCAGGAAUAGGAGUAGCUUUGCGAGCAACGCGGCCACUUACAGCAGCCGAGCCUCCACCAGCGCUGUCCCGGCAACUUACGCUGGCAGCUCCAGUAACAUUACCGCCAUGACCUCACCGCGGAUGGAGGUGUUCGAGAUGCCAUGGAGUCCCGAUCCGUUGGUAUGCCGCGACUACCUCACGAACUACACGACAAUAACCAGCGUGGAGCAGAAAAGGCGUUACAAGGACGACUUCAUUGCGGACUAUGGCGACUAUCGUACUUUGCACUCCGAAGUGGUCGUGAUUGCGAAGCGUUUCAAAGAAUUGUACGAGGAGUACCAAAAGCAAGUGUCACUGGGUAACGAAGUCGAGCAGGAGACGAUCAGUAAGCAGAUGGUGUACGAAUACUGGAAAAUUAAGAAGGACAAAGAGCUGAUGCAGAGAAGAAAUCGGUUCAACUACCUGCACGCAAAGCUGGAUCAUAUAAAGCAACUGCUCGCGGCGUUCGAGGUAGAAGAGAGGGCGAACCAGGCGGCGAUGAGAGUCAACAAGGACAUGCUGGCGUUGGCAUACGACACUCCUAUGAACCCCGACAGCACCGUAAAUACUAAGGGCAUCGACAAUCGGUACUACUGACACAAACUGAAAAGGCCGCCGCUCGUUCCCCGUCUCCUCCUCUCGGUUGUCGGUACGUUACUAUCAACAUUGUCGCAGAAUUUGCAUUUUCUCGGCAAGUUCCAAGGCUGAUCAUUCAUGGUCCAUAUGGUUCCUGGGUACUAUCGCCGAAAAGUCAAAGUGAUUCUGAAUGAGAAUCGAGAUUGCAUGCUUCCAUGCGCGAUACACGUUUACGGUAAAGCAUUUUGCAAUCUCGGUGAUAAACGCGCGUGUAUACGCGCGUGAGAUUACUCCGUUUGCCGAUCCUCUCUCCCGCGAGAGUCGACGAUCACGCCUCGCCCUGCGAUUACUGACUUAUACGCGACCUCGUCGACUCCCGCUGCGGCGAGACGGCGAGCCCGGCUGGGCUCGCGCUCUAAACUUCGACCAAUACUAGUUCUUGGUGUCGCUUGGUGAAGGCUGACGACAAUCGUGCAUGUUCAAGAGAUAGAUAAGAGAGAGCAGAGAAGAGAAAGUCCCUCCGGAGAUUAGAGAAGUGGAAGAUACGGGCAUUCUGAUCAACGGGUUAACGGAGACGCGCAAUUUCGGAGCUGAUUCCCGCGACGACUGAGCAAACGACGUUUUACAGAAGCGAAGCGAGGAAGCGCAACGGGAAAGACGUAGUUAAAUAUUUCUACAAUUAAGUUACUUACCGUGCGCACGUCCAAGAGUGUCGUCCACUUUAAAGAGUAUGUAGAUAAAAGGAAAACUGAAAAAAAGAAGUAAGAUGCGAUUGCGAGAAGAGGGUCCAAUAAUAAGGCUUACCGCGUGCCACGUCCCGGGUACUUUAGUCUCCCCUCCUCGAACGGAGGAAACAAAAUUGACUUGCAGCACACACACUCACACAUACACACACGCAAUACAUACACGCACACGCAAUUUUCCACGAGCCGGCACGAAUCUUCCUCGCAUGAUUCGUGCGUUGCUCGUCUUGAGUUUGAGCAACGACUUUUCAAAAAGCGAGUUAUCUUUCUAUAAUAAAAGAGAGAGAAAGAGACGCGCAAUAGUACUUUGUUAUUUGAAACUCUCUGCUACUUCUUCGUUCUUCUUUUCCCUCGCCGAGAUUUUGACGGCACAAGAAAGAAUCAGCCAUCCUGUGGUCGGUUGACAAAGAAAGAAACGAAAAGACGAAUUUUUAAAGUUUAAGACGAAAGUUUUAAGGAAAAAGAAACAGGAGGAAAGACGUAUAACCGCAAUGGCAAUCAAGAUCAAAUGAGAUCGCAUGUGAUUCAAAAUCGCACUAUUAUAACGAAGCCUUGAAGGAGCCGAACCGGCUUGGUUUGGUGAUGGUUUAAACUGUAUAAAGACUGUUACGUACAUACGUUAUGCUAAUAUAUGUAUAAUAGGUCUUUUACAAUUUUAAAUUUUAAUCAUUGACGUGGGAUAAGAGAAAAAAACCCUCGACGUAACGCGAUAAUCGUUUCCUUAUAUAGGAGAAAGGAAAAGGAAAAUUUAAAAAAAAAGUUGAUAUACGGAAUAUAGUUUUUAUAAUAAUUAUUAAUUGUCAUUAUAUACAAAUGAUAAUAUUACAAACAUUAUGUACAGCAUUGUGAUAAUCUACAAAAAAAGUACUUUUGUUUAAUUUUUACACAUUAUGAUUACAUCGUAAUUAAUUAUACGCGUUGUAAUUAAUUUGUGUAAUUAUAAUUAUUCUUUAUUAUUAUUAUUACGGUUAUGUCAAUGUGCAAACGGAUAAGAUACUAUAUACAUCGUAUAUCGAGUACACGACGGAAAGAUUUCGGAUUUAUUUCUUCCGGUUGAGUUUACAAUCUGAGAAAUUCGCAGUGCCAAAUUUGUAUCUUAUCUUUAAUAAUAAAACAACUAUUAAAAAAUAUUCCUUCGAAUAGUUUUGCGUAAGUGUAUGAGGAACAUUCUACGCAUUUAUCGUAACUGCAAUACGUGCAUGCCUGCACGUAACAGAUAUAAUUUUCAAAGCUUUAUAUAACAGCCUGAACAUUUUUCCAACGUACGUAAAGAGCUAGCACGAUCAUGCAAUUUCUGGCUUCUUUUUAGCGAUCGAGCUUCUUUUAAUCGAAUCGAUUAAGCACUUUACACACGUUAAAGAGUCAGCUUCAGCACAAUGUUGCUUGCUUCCGGUCUUAGGAUUCGCUUCAUCGUCUCUUAAAUACGUUCCUCGUGAAUGACUUUGCCCGAAGCGGUCCAUCGAGCCAUGGAUACGAGGGAGAUAAUAUGCCGGACGAAUUUACGAGACGAUCUGUGGACAAAGUAAUGGUGCAUUAUCAUCAUUGCUCUACAGAGUGCCCCAUCGAAAUUCUAUCAAUACGCGUGUUCGUGAUUGUUUACUUUCUUCAAUUGCUUCACUAUUGAGCACAUACAUGAAACCACAUAUGCAAAUCGUAGCUUAAUCAUUUAUGUUCCUAUCUUUCUUAGAGAUUUUCUUGAAACAUGUAGAAUUAUAUUAGUAUUCAGGAGACUUUCACCAGUUGAUUUCACGGGACUUAUAAUCGCUAAUAUUUAAAAAGAUAAUUUUUAAAAAUUGACCUUUUUUCGUUUUGUGAUUUAUAGUUAUUUAUGAUUGUUAUAAAUUGUUAUAAAAAUAUUCAUUACGUUACGGAAUAGCUCUUUUGUUAGAAAGCACAGCAAUAUCAUACUUUAGAUUGUAACAUAUAUUCAUCCUGUGUUUUUAAUUUUUUUAAUAAUUUAUUCAUUAUUAAAAACACUAAAAAAACGGGACGAAUAUAUGUUAUAAUCCAAUAUAUAUAUUACAGACAAAUAUUUCUCGGUAGUUGUGCAAUAUGAGAAAUUGUAAGAAUUAUUGUUGAUGUGUAAUCUCAAUAAUGUAAAGUACGCACACGCAUACAGAGAACACGAAUACAUACAGACGAAUACACUAUGCACCAUGCAAAUGCUUUUUAGAGAUGCGUGAUGCACAAAGGACGAUAUUUCCGUUCGUCUCGUUACUCGGGAAGUAUGGCACAGCGCUCAAUAUCAGCAUAAACCGAAUUAAUGUAAUAUUUAACAUGUAUAUAUCUAUACAUAUAUAUGGAUAUUUUAAAUUAAUUAGAUUAGUUAGAUGUGUAUCUUUAAUUUAAUUUUAAAAAUUUGCAAGUUUUUACGCAAAUUUUGACGUAAUCGGACCUUUUCUGCAAAUCUAACUUGAAGGAAACAAUUGAUUCAUUAGUUUCUACAAAUCAGAUUCUUUCGGUAUUUAGAAAUAUGAUUUGUGUAUACUUUUAUCGAUCCACUCUGUUUCUCCCUUUUCCCUUGCAUUACAAAAAUGUAAUAAAAAAUAUAAAACUCUUAUUUCUGUAUCUUUUUUUUUCUCACACGUUGUGCCAUACGCAGAGACCAGGUUGAUGCACGAUGCCUCCUCGGUGAAGCAACGCGACAGAGCACAAACGCUUUUCAGGUCAGCAGUUACCACGUUAUACCAAUCAGUGUCCUUUGUAAAUUGUAUCGUUUUUGUAAAUAAUGUCGCUACGUACGAUUACGUUGUAAAUGGGCAAGCGGUGUUCUCCGUUAACUGUUAACAAUCGGGCUUUGGCGAAACGCAUUUGAUCGAACGCUCUCGUCCUCCGUCGACCGACCAAUCGAUUGUCAAACGAAUCAGCCAAGAGAAGGAGAGUAUAAACAGUGCCAAAGAGACUGAACCGAGACGAUGUUCAGCAAAUAGGAAAUACGACGUCGAUCGUGGUAUAACUCUCGCGCGUUAACUUAAGCGAAGCAAUAGACCGGUUUCCUUCGCGUUCGUCGCUUCCCGUAAAGUCGAGCGGGUCGAGCGUAAUUGUCCAGGUAGUUGCGUUUAUGCGAAAUAAAGUGCUCUUAAUGUUGCACUUAACGAUGUUGAACGCUUGCUCCUUAAUUACCGUAAUUCCGUUAUUGUUUCGCGAGGGGAGAAAGAGUAUCAUUACUAACUAUUGCUGUUUUCCAAAUAAAAUAAAAAAACGAAGAGAAUAACUAGAAAGGUGUUAUAUAUCGUUUCGAAUUACUGGAUGGUCAUGAACGAGUCCGGAUGGUAGGGUGGUAUCUUUUCACGAAAAUCGCAGACUCGCGGACUUGGAGAGAGAAUCAAAGCUUAGGGAUUUCUCGCUCCCGUGGAUCGGGAGGAGACGUUUGAUCCUGUUGGAGUUUCUUUGCUGUCGCUGAUCAGGGUGGUUUGCGUUGCUCCAAGAUUGAAGGUCCAGAUUACACGCGUGACUCCACCCGUUUCCAAGUUGCGGUGGAGACACAACGUUCGCACACAACGUCCACGCGACUUAGAUCGAAGUCGGUGCAUCGUGCGGGAAACUGUUCCUUAUUUCUAAGCGUUGAGGUAACAGACGUUCGAAUACUGCCUCUGAAAUCCCUUCCGAAUGUCAUCGAGACGCGCUCCGUCCGUGAUCGGAUGAGGGAUGCUUCGCGGACACGAUCAUAUCCAUGCUUAAAAGGUCCAAACGACGAUCGAACUCCGUCUGUCUCUCUCUUUUUCCCUUCCUCUUACUCAUUCCCCUUUUCUUUCUCUUGUUGGAAAAACGAAAACUCCAAGUGCCAAUAUUAGCGAGAUGCGAAUUUAUUGUACAUAGUAUAUCUAUACACAUAUGCAUAAAUAAUGUAAUCUUACGUGCAUUAUCUGCUAGUGGUACCAAUAUGCGCAGAGCGUUGAUAGGAAAUGUUACUCGGCUUUGAAAAAUCGCGAGUUUCCUCGGCAGUACAGAAGCGGCGAAGUCAGUCGAGUUACGCGGAAGAUAAGAUAGCUGAAGGGUGAACAUAAAAAAUUAUGUACCGUUUAAGAUAGAUAACUCUCUAUCUUUCUCGCUGUCUCCGUUACUCUCGCGUACUGUCUCAUCCAUUUCAACCUCGAAACUCAAGUCUCCCGCAAUUUAUGAACAGGCAGAUGCCUAAUUCGACUAGCCUAGGCCGAUCCUAAGAACAGUAUUACUCGUAUCGGCGCACAUAUCUCUCGAAUCGGUCGGCUCGCGAGCGCAACAAUGCAACUCACGAGGAGAUUCAGCCAGGCGGGUGGGUGUGCGCUUCAUUCGAUCAGAGCGAAGUCGUGACAUAUCAUUUUACGAGUAUCCCUCUCUUCCUUUACGGCAUAUCACGUACGCUGAUCCUUCGCGGAGAGCCUCGAUGUUCGACAGAAUUGAGCCGAGAGGCCGAGGAGCGCCGCUUCCGGCUCUCUUUCUCUCUCUUUCUCUUCCCUCAUCCCGACGAUUAAGCCAAGAUAUGCCCAGCCUCCUCCGAUCGGUCCACAGAGAAAAUCGAUGCAAUAAAGAGCAGCUAGCACGAGGAAUGCGACUCCGCGUCGUCGCGGGGGCAAAGACGCGCGGUCAACGCUCGUUAAUUGAUUCGCGACGCCGUUCACGCUCACGUCAAUUUAUCCGAGAGUGAUGGAUCUGGUCAAUAACGUUGCAAUCCCGGUACACUUGUAUCUUCUUCGCAUUCUGCAGUAAUCCGGUCAGUGAACGAACGGCUUCGAGAGCCGUUCACGACGUGGUGCAGCUAUAGAGAGGGUGGACGAACAACAAGAGAGCCACUCUUCGUGUCGUUUCUAGUAAUACUUAGCAUUUUCUUCACAGACUCCACUCUUGUUUCCCUUCCCCUUUUUUGCUUUUAUCCGCGCUACGCCCGAUGCAGCAACCGCAAUGAACGAACGAACUUUCGUCAUGCAGCGCUAUUCUAUUUGACAACUGUGAUGUGUGUUGCUAGGAACUUCGUGAUAGCAUAAUCGCCCGUGCGCCGAGACGAUGUUGCGCGUUACGACGCGUUAAGGAGUUUCUCCGGGAGGAAACGUCAACCCCCUCGCUCGUUAAAUGCGGUCAAAAAUCUCGAGGGCCCGAGGCGGAAAAAGCGCCUUAUAGAGAUUAAGAUGAAUCGCGGAGAGGAAGCGAAGGGCGGUCGAAGAGAACGAAGAAGAACGAAGAGAGGCACGGCCGGGCAAACGCGAUCGUUCGAUGAACGAAACGAAACGAAACGGUGGAUUAUCCGACCUAUAUCGAACGUUCGCGUUUCCCCGUUACUGACACCCAUAUCAGAAUAAAGAAAAUAGUCCAUGGCGCGGCGGAGACCGAUCUCGCGUCAGCUUCUUCGAUUCCGUAAUCCAAGCAUUGGCUGAAGAACCUGGUUGUCCCGACUGUACGUCGAGUAGUACUUUUCGUUACCGAAUCCAAAGCGGCCUUGUCGAAAUUUUUUAAUCACGUCGGGUCAGCAAGGUUCUUAGAGCCUUGAGGAAUCAAAAAGAUAUAUCAGAAAGAAAGACACAUCUCUCUAGAAGAAAAACUUAAUUUAUAUAGGACGUUCGGUAGGCGUCUGGAAACGCGCGCACUCGACGUGGGAGAUCGCCAUGAAAGAUCGACGGAAGAGAGCUGUGAUCUUCCGCGGGAUCGAUCCCCCGCCGAGUAGAAUAAGAGAGAAGAGUGGAGUUAGAGAGAGAAAGAGAGACGGAGGUCGGUCGCCGCGUGCCCGAUCGAGGAGCGAAAGGAUAUUUUAUAAGUGCUUAAAGAAGUAAGAAGGAAACUUAAACAUGCGCUCGGAUGACUGACAAUUGUGACUUAAGGAGCGCGUGACUUUUAAGAGAUAGUCUUUACAUUAUCAGUACCGAUCACGCGAGAGGAGAAACAGAUGGAACGAUGUGAAAAGAGAAUGGACUUGUACACGUGUAUACAUAUACAUAUAUACAUGCAUGCAUACACACACACACACACACACACACACACACACACACACACGUGUGUGCGUUUUUUGUUAAGUUGCGUUGCGACACGAGAAAAAGAAACGGAGAAUGAGAGAGAGAGAGAAAGGAAGAAUGAUGAUGAUUAUGAUGAUUAUGACGAUGAUAAUGAUAACGAUGAUGAUGACCGGGCAACUCAAGAUUGCAUGUAUAGGUAUAUAAUGUACCCCGUGACUUUUAUUGAUGACGACUGCAUUGCUCCCCCUGACAAAGGCUCGUAUAUUCAUUACAUAGUUGUAUUUGCAAUUAUUACCUAUACAUAUAUAUUAUAUUCACUAAUUAAAGUAUACAAAGCGCGAAAAUGCGGAUAAAGAGGAAUUAUAUUGUUAGCGAGGAGUGAGAUCGCGGGUCCCCGCGGUUUUCGGGGUAAGCUCGCGUGGAACGUGCACCGUGCGCCGAUCAGGAAGCUGAGGACUCUUACGCUGAUCGAUUCAGAGAAACGCGGAUUUUUCUCCUCGAAUUUAACUCUCCGAUCUUGCCUCAAUUUAAUUGCACGUGAAAUCAGUGUAAUGAUCAGUGUAAUGAUCAGACCUUGAAAAGGUCUGCCAAUGUACUCGGUCUGCGUCCAACGACCCUAACGAUAAAAACAAAGUUAUUAUUAUUCUUAUUAAAUGUAUCGGAUGUAUUUUCCGGGCAAAAUUUCAUGAGGGGAAGGAAAAUCGGAGGGUUGAUCUAGUCGCGUUUCUCUUUGCCUUCGCGUUCUCCCUCCCUCUCGCGCCUUUCCGCCUUCGGUGUUACGAUCGGCCUUUCCGAUUGUGUCUUCGAUUUUAUACCGGGACGUGCAAUCCGGUCGCGCCCAUGAGCUCACUUGGGAGCGCGACUCCCUCGAAACGACUGUCUUAGGAUAUUCCCGUCUUCUCGCGGCCGAUCGUACCGGGCGGACCUCGGGAAUCCGAUCGAUCUGUAGCGGAUCUCUCGGCUGUGUGAUCGGUGUGAAACAUGCCGCUGGCCAUUGAAAGACGAUCGAAAUGGCGCCCGACUGCCGCCAUUUUCGAUCGUUCCGAUGAACGGUACGACGCGUCAUCGACGACGAGAGGCUCAUUUCCCGUUCUGCUACCUGAACUUCCGUCCCGGAGGAUGCAGAUGGACUUUCUCGAUACACGGCAAAACUCGUGCAGCUACGCGGAAUCGGGAUUCUACCUUGGUUAUCUUACGUCGCGUAAAAUUUCGGAAUAACGGCGCCGUGCAUCGAGAAUCGUCCGUAACGACGUUACCACGCUGCUGCGAAUCCCCGACUCGACGUACGCGCGUUGAAUCAGCGAGUCGUGAUUUUUUUUCACAGACCCGGUUAAAAGCGAUUUUGCAAACAAGCGCGAAAAAUGUCAACGUGGGGAACCGGUGAGAUGUAAAAGAUCCAACGGGUUUGUAAAGGUUUAACCUUUAACUGGUCGCGCGAUGCAUGACGGACGGCCGCCACAUUCGAUAUAUUUAUUUUAUCGCUCUCGUCGUCGGGUAGCACGUACGAGCUUUCAUUUUUUACGUUCCACGCGAGCUUCCCCGCCCCCGAAUGCGCGCGCCCCGCGCGUGCUUCCGUUGGAGAUUCGUGCAUGAGAGGGAAAAAAAGCGAGGGUGUAAAAGGCCACGCGCAAAAAAAAUAUGAGUGAUAACGAUAAGGUAGAAGGGCAAAGCGAAAGAAAGAGAGAGAGAGCGAGCGAGGCGAGAGGCGAGUCGACACGCGAUCGGCGCGUCGAUGACGGCGAGAUGCGCUGACGAUCUUGAAACGACGACGAUGAAUCUAGUGCGCGAGGAAACGGUGUGUGUCUCGUUGUGUGCGUGUGACGGGACAGAGCACCAGUUUGUUCGGUGGUUCUCCGAUGACCACGCCGAUGCCGAUAUCGAGAUAACGUGGCUUGCGCAUGAGCAGAUACGGUUGUGUACAUAUUGGGACCGCGAUUGAGCGGAGAAUCGGCGCGCGCGGUUCCUUCCCCGUCUCCGGCACGACGGCGUGUGUUUCUCCGUUAUUUUUAGGCUAAUUUAAUUUGUACAUAAUUUCAACGGGAUCUGGAGGCCCUCGUCAUUGUUAAUCUUCCAGUUGCGUUGGCUCCAUCAGGCCGCACGUGCGCGCGCGCGCGUGCGACCUCUAAUCGUUGUUGCGUCGCGUCGCCAUUUUGUUAUCGCGCCUUGAAAUUUUGUUAGCAGCGUUUGUAAGUAGAUCGCGCGCAGAGGCGAGCCUGUUAAGGCGGUCGCGGAGGGAUCCGCCACGCUGUUGCGCCGUUGCAUUGUUUCACUGUUCAAAGUUCAAGGCCCAACAACCGAGCGAGCGGAUCACUCGCGCGCUACCUCGAUCGACAAAUUAAUUCGACUUUUUGUUUCAUAGUUAUGCGAAUUUGCCGAUAUCACGAUCAUACGUUAGGAUCAUGCCAAAUCGCCGAACGGUACAAAUAGCGCGGUACGGGUUCUCCGGGACGAGUCGGAAAUGCUAUAGACCACAACACAUCCGGUGACUUCCGUCCCCAGCAUGAAUGAGUUUCUCGCGAGCGAAGUCGAGAAACUCGUCGUCGUCGUCGUCGUCGUCUGUCCUCCAUAUUCAUGUAAACGUCCCAGCAGUCUGUCCAUUUCUCGCAGCAUUCGCGUCGCCGAAGUAAGCAAUAUACAGGGUGUACCGAAACAAUCACCGAGAACUCGCGCGCAGAGAUUGUUUUUCAUAAGCUUCGUUUAGGAAUUAAUUCAUGUCGGCAGGAGAGGGGGAGGAGGGGUCUUGGAAACGACGUUUCUACUUAGAUCGAAUUAGUCGAGCCAUUAAGUACUUCCGAUAAGGAGACACCGACCUCCUACUACUUUGCUAGUGUGAUUCGUGGCUGAGAGAAUCGGUGGUUCCGGGACACCCUGCACGGCCAUAUUAGGUGAAUAAUGAGCAUCGAAAGAACAUUAUUAGUUAGAUCGACUCGUCCGAGCGGAGCUCGUCCGCGAUGCAACGUGGCGCGUCUCGUCUAAAACGUCUACGUUUUUCUCUCCGGUUUGUAUUACUUCCUCAAAAGUAGGGCAGUAUCGCGAGAAACGCACGGCGAGCUCGAAUGCCGAUUCUCCGAUUUGAGGAGGCACUCCGAAACGCAAAGACCGGCGCCACCGGCGUCGGGGUAAUUAAGGAAAAAAAAGUCAUAUGUAUAUAUAUAUACAUACAUAUAUGUAGAGUUAUAUGUAUUAUACAUACAUACAUAUUUAUUCGAACGACUUGCCAAGUUUUUGUUGCAUAGUGUACUACGCGAGAUAGAUUCAAGCGGCAGAGGAACAAAAAAUCAUACAAAAAAAAGAAGCAAGGAAGUAUAGGAGGUAAUAAGAUGGUUAACGAUGCGAGAGUGUGAUGAUCUGUGGCGGAUUAAGUGGAUAUAAGUUGCAUAGCUGUGUGAGCAAGUUUCACGAAAUAUUGAUGUAUAUAUCUUAAGUUUGUAUUAUAACUCUCCCCACUUAAUUUGUAUAUGAAAUGAAGAAUUUCGAACAUUAAAAUCAUGAACGAAAAAAAA